GAAAACCUUUCCUUCUUUUCCACUUCCACUUUAAAAUUUCUUUAUUCCUCCUUUACACACAUACAGAAAAAUGGUUUUCCGUAUGCCCGGAGAAGCUCCGGCAAAGAAACUUCUUCGACGGUCUCUCUCGAACUCAAACAAAGCAGAUUCAAUGGCAGUAGAUGUCCCAAGAGGCCAUUUUGCAGUUUAUGUUGGAAAGAUUGAGAAGAAGCGGUUUGUGAUUCCUGUGUCCUAUCCCAACCAACCUUCAUUCCAAGACUUGCUAAUUCAAAGAGAAGAAGAAUACGCAUUUGAUCAUCCAAUGGGCGGUCUAACAAUUCCCUGUACAGAACAUGCAUUUAUUGAUCUCAUCUCAAGCUUGAAUGCUUCAUGAGACUGACUAAGAUUAGGAACAUUCAUCAACACAAUUUUGUAAAGUAGACAAUCAAUACUAUAUUCUCUCUCUUUUCCUUGUUGAAUGUAAAAUGGCU